AUGGAUGCUGUCCUGUCAGAGUUCCAAGACGUCUUCAGCACCGAGCUGGGUCAAAUCGACGGACACCCUGUCCAUUUGAAGCUCGAGGAAGGAGCCACGCCGAAGUUUUACCACCAGCCGCUCCUGGGCCUGUUGAAGGCGGACCGACCAACUCCAGCAUUGGCAGCCGCUAGAAUACAGCGCUGGGCACUGUACCUGGGCGGAUUCCGCUAUCAGCUUCAAUACUGUCCUGGGCCAGCCAACGAAGCAGACGAUUGGCAACUGUCAUUACCUGAAGCUGCCGUGUACGCCCGCAACUUCGGAACGGGUGAGAAAUGGACGCCAGGAAUUGCACAGUCCAAAAUAGGUUCUCGGAUGGUUGCCAUACGAACGCCGGCCGGAUCAGUAUGA